AUGGCGAAGCUCUCCAGCCGGGCCUUGCUGGCUGAGAAGCUGAAGUAUUUGAGGGAGUGUUCCAAGGCUUGUGAGGAGGUCCGGCGCGAUGCCAGAUAUCCUCCGCCCGUCUUGCAACAGUUGCCCAAGGUGCAUCAGAUGAUCGGCAACUACGGCUCUCUCAGUAUGACAUGCGCCGAACUUUUCGGUCACGACUCGGUGCCUUCAGACCAGGCAAGCGCUUGCCUCAAGUCUAUGUACGACCGCCGUGAGUUGACAAUAUUCUUUCUGGAUGCCAUGGCAAAUGCUAUGGAGGAACCUGAUCAGAUGGCAGCAAUUUUCGGGCCAUUCUUGAACCAGGCCUGCUUUUCCUUGCGAGGCCGAAAUCUGGUGGACCAGAAAUUGGAGGACCGAUUUCGUACGUUCAAGUUGAUUCAGACAGAAAGCAGAUAA